GUAGCCCACUUGUCUUCGUCGUUCUCUUCGACUUAGUGGUGUGUACUGCUGAAAUUUUCCGAAAAAGAAAAUCUUGUUAAAAUUUCGCGUAAUAAGUGCGUGUAUAACGAUUUUUUGAUUAAAUACGCACAAAGAGCAUUUUUCGUCGUCAAAAAAAUGUAUUGGCUUUGAUGGCGGUAAAUCAGCAGAUCUGUGAAACAACAUCGAAUAAGAACGUAAUUGAGCCAGUGUGAGUGGUGAAAAUCAUCGAGCAGUGUGUGAAAAGAAAAUCAGUGCUGAACAGUGCCUGCAAACCACCCACCCGCCUCCCAAAUAUUAAAAUAAUAAUCGAAUGAGGGUCUGACGACGACAAACUGUUUUUGCCAUUUCUUGCCAACGAAGAAAAACAUAAACGCGUCACCACAUUCGCGUUGAUAGUGUAGGCUUUAAAUACCAAAAUCUUGCGAUCAAAUAAACAAAAACAGCAAAUAAUUGUCCAAAGAGAGUGUUUGGAGGGUAUACAAUAAUUCGGAGAAAACUUAAGCAAAAAUAGUUCCAUCAUUAGGUUGACAAAACAACUACGUUUAACACGCAAUUGCAAAAACAAUCUGGUAGUGAUUUGCCUAAAUUAGUGGUGUAUAAAAACGUUAGGAAAAACGGGAAAUCCAACAACAUUAGCUGCGUCGCCAGCGACGUACCAACUGACCACAACAAACAGGCAACAGCAAAAAGGUUUUAAUUGUUAGCAACGUAUUCCAUAGAGCGUGCGGUCUUAACGAGGGGAUUUAAUACUACAAACGUUGGCGUGAACGCGUCAUGUCCGACAUCAUGAAUAUCGACAGCAUUAUUUCAAGAUUAUUAGAAGUGCGUGGAGCACGACCUGGCAAAAAUGUACAACUAUCAGAGAGUGAAAUUCGAGGCCUAUGCCUGAAGUCACGCGAAAUAUUCCUAUCGCAACCGAUUCUCUUGGAAUUAGAAGCCCCGUUGAAAAUAUGCGGCGACAUUCACGGCCAAUACUACGAUCUGCUGCGUCUCUUUGAAUAUGGUGGCUUCCCGCCAGAAUCAAAUUAUCUAUUUUUGGGGGACUAUGUGGAUCGUGGCAAGCAAUCACUGGAGACUAUUUGCCUGUUGUUGGCUUACAAAAUAAAGUAUUCGGAGAAUUUUUUCUUGCUGCGUGGCAAUCACGAAUGUGCCAGCAUAAACAGAAUUUAUGGCUUUUACGAUGAGUGCAAGCGCCGAUAUACAAUUAAGCUGUGGAAAACGUUUACAGAUUGUUUUAAUUGUUUACCUGUGGCGGCUAUUGUUGACGAAAAGAUUUUCUGCUGUCACGGCGGUCUCAGUCCUGAUUUAUCGUCCAUGGAGCAAAUAAGACGCAUAAUGCGUCCCACAGACGUGCCCGACCAGGGGUUGCUAUGUGAUCUCUUAUGGUCAGAUCCCGAUAAGGAUACAAUGGGUUGGGGUGAGAAUGAUCGUGGUGUGAGUUUCACAUUUGGCGCUGAGGUUGUUGGGAAAUUUUUGCAAAAGCAUGAUUUCGAUUUGAUUUGUCGCGCGCAUCAAGUUGUCGAGGAUGGUUAUGAGUUCUUUGCAAAGCGACAAUUGGUCACACUGUUCUCCGCACCAAACUACUGUGGUGAAUUUGACAAUGCAGGUGCAAUGAUGUCCGUGGAUGAUACACUAAUGUGUUCCUUCCAAAUAUUGAAACCGGCUGAUAAGCGUCGGUUUGUCUAUCCGAAUUUCGGCAGCUCAGGGCGUCCAUUGACUCCACCACGAGGAGCCAACAACAAAAAUAAAAAGAAAUAAACGCAUACUCCAUCCAAAACAAAGAAAGGAGUUGAGCAAAAUUAGCAAAUUCAAGUUGAAGCAUAAAGAUACAAAAGGCGAUAUGAGUGAAAUCGAAUAUACGGAAAAAUGUGAAAAGACGAAAGAAAAAAACGAAGAAAUGAGGAGAUGUAAAAAUAAAACAAAGCACUACACUGCAAAAGCAAACAUUUACAAAAAAAGGAGCAAAAACGUAAAGAAAACAUUAAAAGUUAAUUGGAAAUACGCAGCGGCCACACAAAACCACAUUCUGUGCAUACUUACAUAACAUAUACCCCACAUACACCGCCACAUCUAUAGAAAACAGCAUCACAUACACGAAAAUUUUUUUUUGUAAAUUAGCAUAUUUUUGCACUUAAAUCAAUGCACUCUGUUUUUAAGUAUAUUAUUUUAUUUAAUUUUAAUAUCAUUGUUUACGUUAUAUACAUAUAUACAUAUGUAAAGAUUCGCAGUCCUAUUUUGAAAUUGGCUGAAACAAAAAUUUGCUGUUAAAAAUCGUUCGGCUGCAAUUUGUUCCAAAGCUAUGUUAAGUUGUCAGUUGAAGAAGGCUGAUAUUUCAAGCAAAAAAUAUUCUAUGUGUAACAGCUGCCAAAAAAGCCUUUUGAACGGUUUGUGCACUGUCGAUGGCAGCAUAGCGAUUCUUCAACACAUAUUUGUCAAAAAUUUCGGACAGUAUCGAAAUAGGGUUGUGAAUGGCUAUUUUUCGGUUUAUAUUUGUUUAGUACAAGCAAAAUGUGUAGUUUUGUAUACAAAUGCAAUAUGGAAGAUAUUAAGCGCAAUCAACAACAUACAAAUACAUAGGUAUAUUUUUUUUUUAAUUUUUAGUAAUGGGAAACAUUUUCAUAAUGGUGAAAAAAAUAAAAAUAACAAAUCAUAAGGGUCAGAAUUAAAAAAAAAAUUGCAAAUUUGCAAAAAAGCAAGUUUAUAAAUGUUCCUUUUCUUCUGAACCAUAACUAAGCACCUUUGUUUCUGUACUAUGCAGUACAGAAUCGAAUUCGAUUCUAUGUCACUCAGAUUUAUGUAAAAAAAUUAUUUUGGAUUGGAACUAUUCCUCUUUGCUAAAACAAAAAUCACAUCCCACCCAUUUAUCUAGCCAAUUUCCCAUCUCAAGUAAACCAUAAAUCCUUACAUGCAUAUACAAUCAUUCUUAAAUCUAUUAUGGAAAAUAUUUUCGCGCUACUACCAAAAAUAUUUAGUUUGUGAAAACUAUUCACUUGCAGCUCUAUUUUGCACAGGUUUUGUUUCCAAGAAAUGCUUUACUUCUAUUUUAUUUAGAAAAAGAAAAAAUGUUUGUAACCGUUGCCGGAUAGGGCUGCUAGAGUUUAUUUUACUACAUUUAAAAUAAGUUGCAUGCCCACAUUGUUUUGUUAUUGUAAAUUUUGCACAUUCAUAACACAAUGGAAACACCCACAAAAAGAGAGAAAAAAAAAACAAAAAAAAGAGAGUAAGAACAAAAUAACUGCAUGGUUUUCUCAAUUUAGUUGUAAGCAUAAAUGAUGCAUUGAUUUACACCAAAAACAAAAGAAAUGAAAAAUAAAAAACAAUUAAUAUCAACGAAAACCGCUUUGUUUUACGAAUAAAUCAAACAAAGAAAUCAUAUACAAUAGUUGAACCAACCAAACGUAAAUAAUGAAGAAAACAACAAAGAACAACAAAUACUGAAGCUUCUAAUACGCACUAAAUUUUAUAAAUAAAAAUUUGUAAAAAAACCUUACUAAAUAUAGUAAUAAGAGAAGUAUGUAUGUAAUAAAAUAAAAACCAAUGCUUAAAAAAGUAUUGCAAGUUAGGAGAAGCAGCGUAUAAGAGAAAUUGGAUUUGUACAACCAACUAAACAAAUAAAUGAAACUACACAUACAUACAUUACUAUGUAUACUUGUUAACGGCUAGAUUAUUUAUAUAUACAUACAUAAAUGACAUAACUUAUUCUAUGUACUUGAGAAUAAAUCUGUUUUCUCUGCUUAUACUAUACUCUGUUAAAUAUUAUGUACAAUUUAUAUACAUAAGUGCAUACAGCAGUGAGACAUUGGCAUUGGCUGUCGCUAAAUUGCAAAAGCGAACAUUUUGGAGACAUUAAAAUUUGCGCCUAAAAGGAUGCUACAAACGCAGCACGUUGUCAGCACAUAUGGAAAAAACCAUUUAAGCUAUGUUGCAGUUCUAAGGCUUAAUAACUAAUUGAUUUGUUCUUGUAACAGCUUAAAAAAUUCUUCAUCCACUUUUGCUAAAUGGUGCGCGUAGAGUGGUUCUUGAUCGGACUCACACUUGUAGUAUAUAUAUUCUAGUAUCAACACGGAUGUUGUGGCACCAUUUAAGUAUAGAAUAUUUUUGAUUUAGCGAUGGUGAAUUUCGAAUUCUCACUGCAGUCUUACACUUUUCUUUCAAGAGCAACAACAAAGUAACACGUUGGAAAAAUUAGUUGAAACAAAAGACCUUUCCAUUAUUUAGUUGUUAGAUAAAUGAGUUAUUUGAACGAAGCGAAAAUACAAAGCGACGCGUCGAAAAUGACAUAUUUAAUGUAAUCAUAUAAUGUAAAAUUAGCUAAGAGGUGUUGAAAAAUAGAAAGGAAUUUAAUGUAUGCAGGUUUAGUUUACAAAAUGCACUGUAAAAAUGUAACUUUCAGUCUAAAGCUCCCCAUA